CUUCUGAGUGAGAGAGAGCUAUUGUACUUUGUAUCCGUGGUAUUUGUGUGGUAUUUGAAUUGAAUCUUGUCGUACUGUGGAAGCCGGUGAUGAUUACAACACUAUGUCCAAUUACUGCAUGAGUGGCGGGGUUACGACUGCCGUCACGAUGCGUCAAAAGAACCUCCUGAGGCCCACAAUCUAAACACUAAUAGCGUAGCUGCUCCGUUAGGGUAGACGAUUUCGCUGUAAUCACAACGUCUACCCAUUCAAUCUCGAUUUAUAAUGAGAAGUACCCGUCCGUUUCGAUGGCCGUCGCCAUCCGUUACGAGAUGUCGCCGAGAAAGGCAAGUAGUCAGGCCGAGCACCUCGACACUCGAUACCAAAAAGAGCGGACUCGCCCGGAAGGAAUAGCUUGCCUGAUAGUGCCAUGGCGUUGGAUCUGUUCCUGCUGGCCGUCGUGAUUAUCAUUGCGGUGGCGUUGCUCAUCUGCAACGUCUACAUCCUCGUGUACUUCCAGCACGACGAUGACAAGAACACCGCUUACUUUCCAAAAGCGCUCGUGAUUUUCGGUUUAUUCUUCGCAGAGGCGACAGUGCUUCUGCUGCCUCUGGAUGUGGCAAACAACUCGACAGCCAUCGGCUGUGCGGAAGGAUGGAAUACUGUGUGCGGCAAUAUCAACAUGGAUCUACUCUGGCUCAUGGUCUUCUUGUCCAUCAUCAUCUUCCUCGUCGUAUUGCUCCCGUUCGCGAUCUUCUACUACGAGGCGGACGACGGCGAGGAUAACCCCAAGAAAAGUCAGUGGGGGGAGGCGAUCAAGAUGGAACUGGGCACGGUUUUCGUUGCUGCAGCGUUGAUCACCGUGCUGUAUCUCACGUGUGCCAAGAGUAGUGUCCCCAUGCGCGCAUUGGAAGUGAACUCGAUGUCGGACAGUGAGGGAUUCCAGCCGUACGUUGAUGGCACCACAGUAUCCAGUACUAUCGUGACCGUGGCCAGCAACGUCACUGUGCAGCAUAUAACGCUGACAGUGGACGUGUCGCUGCCAGUGUACGUCACGGGGCUCACGAGUUUCGUCGGGUGGUUUGGCUUCUCGAUUUUUUGCGGCAUUGGCCUUAUCGCGCUGCCCAUGGACUUGAUCCUGGCAUUUUUCCAUCGUCCAAAGUUCAUCAGUGCCGACGUGUAUGCAAUUCAGAAGUUGAUUCUGCAGCGGCGAUCGGUGGAGCUGCUGGAGGUCGGCCGCUCCAUCAAGCAGAGUAUGGAUCGCCCCGGUCAUGGCCAGAGUUCUUGGGAGCGCAAAAAGCAGCGACGACUGGAUUUCGUGACGCUCAACAAGUUCAAACAGUCCGUUUAUUUGCUCGAAGGUGACGUCGUGGACCUGAAACUCUGUCACGAAGAGUACAGGAACUUCAAUCCGCUGAAGCCUAUUUUCAAGCUUCUUCUGGGCUGCAUCGCAAGUGUCAUAAGCUGCAUGUGGUUCUUCCACAUCGCACUCUACAUGUUGCCGAACACCCCGCUACUGCCGUUCCUCAACACGUACUUCAUCUGGUUCGACCGCUGGUUCCCGCUGUUUGGCACGAUCUCUGUCGGUAUCUUCAGCACCUACUUGUUAGCAUGUGCAGUCAAAGGUUGUUUCAAGUUUGGCAUGCGCUGUUUUUGCAUCGCGUUGCACCCGAUGAAGCUCCACGGGACGUACAUGAACUCGUUGAUAUUCAACCUCGGGUUGGUUCUGCUCUGUGCGAUCCCGUCGGUGCAGUUCUGUGACCAAGCGUUCGCUGACUACGACCGCCUCACGGCAUUGCGGACGCUCAUGGGCGUACAGAUUCACUACUUGAAAGGCAUGCGAACGAUCUGGGACUACAACAUCUUCGUCUACGCUAUCCUUAUCAUCAGUUUGAUCACCGCCGCUAUCCUUCUGGCUAAACCAAGAGACCGCGCCUCACCCGUGGACGACAUCCGCAAGAGAAUCGAGCGCCAAGUUCGUGAUACCGCUAAUGCCAACGCCGUCUAGACGGUCUUUAUCUCUUCCAUUUACACCGAUUAACUUGUUACAAGUCGUAACAUCAAUGAAGCAUAUCAAUGCCAACACA